AUGUUGUCGAUACCGGAGGAGUACGAGAUAAUCGAUUGUACGCAACCCCAGAAGGUUGAACCCUCUCAACGCCUCCCACUGCCAAACAGACUACAUAGAGCAGGAUCGAUCCUCGACGACCCCACAUUCCUUCGUUUCUCCCAUUACUCCCCACCGAUAAAGUCACCUUCUUUCAGUCAAAUACCAAAGCCCGUCCCCCCGUUUCCUUUAGGUGCAGCUCAUGCCGCUCUGGUAGAAGGUAUAGAUGAAGGGAUCUGGAGAGCCGUCAAAAAAGCCAGAAAGGAAGAGCGAAGGGAGGAGAAAAGGAUUAUCAAGAGGCAAAAGAGGGAAGAAGGUCAAAGAGAGGUGUUGAGCAGGAUUAGUAGUGGGUUGGAAGUGGUGUGCAUCUAUGACGACGAAGAUGAGGAAGGAGAUGAGGAGGGAGAGCUCUACACACUCGAAGAGGCAUCAUAUCAGACUGGGACGAUAGACGACGAGCAGUUAGCUUCACCCAUGACACCUUCCAUCAAAGAAUCAUUCCCUCCCCCCUCAGCAACACCAUUAUCGACGGCGCCAAGGCCAUUCCAAUCCCAUACUCAGAAUACCUUUGACGAUCUGCCUGCCACUCAGCCGGAUAUACUUGAACCUCUCGAAGAUAUUUCGAUUCCCAUCGACACAGAUCAACUUUCGUCUGAGGUUUCUCGGCUGCCUUCUGGACAAGAUAUCCAUACCUCUUCUGAGGUGACCAACAUCAUCACUGCUGUCGAAGCUGGAUAUUCUACAUCAGAUGUUAUGUUGUCAGAUCCAGCCGAAAUCGAGAUGACGAUUGCGGAAGAAGGAAGUCAAGUCUUGGAUGUACAAACGUCAUGUUCUUCAGAUAUAAUACAUUCAUCAUCAUCCGCUAUCAGUCCAGAGAUGGGUUCCAUUCAAGAGAGACAGACACAGGGAUCUUUUGACAUGGCAGGAGUCAACACUGUAAAUGAUAUCGUACGAGGUGGAAACUCGAUAUCACAGAGCGCAACUUCGACGGAUGCAAGUCAUGUGGAACCGUCGGGCACCUCGCUAACUUCCCAGCUUUCUGAUUUGAUCACCGCAUCCGAGGUAUCUCAGAAUCUACCACCAAUAUCCAAUCAAGAUGAACCUGAGAAGCGAGAUACCGGUUCAUCGUCUUCAUUCUACACUCCAUCUCCCACCCCAGCUGCGAUCCGAGCUUCGACCGAUCCCAAUGGUCAACUCACCCAUCCCAAUCGUUCCCCAACUACAACCAUCCUUGAAACACCUGUUCGACCAAGUGAUGAGGAAGAUAUAUGCCCUUCAUCUCAGUUUGAGGAUCAUUAUUGGGAUAGCCCACUAGCUAAUCUAGGUAGAGGUGUGCCGAAACCCAGUAGGAAUCAUGUUACAAAACCUAUUCCGUAUUAUAUAUUUCAAGCUCCGAUUUCCCCGUCCUACAAAACAGGAGCAACUUCGCAUGCAAAUGGAGAAUCGACCAAGGCAAAGUUCGAUAUGAGAAAAACCGGAUACCUACCUACACCAUCGCCUUCACCGUCACCUACGAAACUGCCGAAACCGAAUUUCAGAGGUCAUGUCAUUCCUGGUCAUUCAGCUUUAGGGGUGGGUAAAUUCUUCUGA